AUGGCGGCGGCAGGGGGCGACGAUCGCCAGCAGGCUGUUGAAUGGCUCUACAGGAAGGUCGGAGAGCUCCUGGAGGUGUCUGAGGCCGAGCUCGAACAGGCGCACCAGGACCCGGAGUUCGCCCAGAUCCUCGACAAGUUCGCGGCCGGAGGGGAGGAGCUGCGCGACCUGUCGCUCGUCGUGUACAAGCAGCGCCAGAAUGCUCCGCCCGCGCAGCCAGAGCCCGCCGCGGACGACUCCCUGCGCGGCGCGGCGCCGGCCCAGCCCGCGCGCAAGGUGCGCAAGCCCAUCACGGCGGAGGGCGAGGACCUGAUCCCCGACGACGACAAGGACGACGCCGAGGACGCCCGCGCGAGCGAGGGCGCGAACGGCGAGGCCGCGGUCGCCGCAGGCGACGCCACCAGCGAGCCCGCGACGCACGACGACGCCGAGAGCGAGGCCGUCCCCGCUGCGGACGACGCCGACGCGCCGCCCGCGGACGCCGACGCGCCGCCCGCCGACGCCGACGCCGACGCCCCUGCGCCGGACGCGCCGCCGGCCGACGAGGACCCUGACGGCAAGGCCGCUGACGACGGCAACGACGACGGCGAGGCUGACGCGAACGGCCACGCCGAGGUCGCGGACGGCGAGGACGGCGCGGCCGAGGCCGCGGACGCGGCCGCGGACGCGGACGCGGCGCCCGAGCGCGCGGUGUCGCGUCACGCGUCCUCUGCGCGCGCCGCCGCCGCGUCCCCGCCGCCCCGCGCACGCCUCGUCGCGACGCUCGGGUCGGUCCCGGAGGCCACGGACGCGAGCGCGUUCUUCCUCCGCGCGACCGACGCGCCGCUCAGCGCCCCGGACGUCGCCGCCCUCGUCGAGUACGGCACAAUCGGCGGGCAGGGCGGCCUGCGGGACCUCAAGACGCUGGUCGACGACGUCUUCCUGCCGCUCCUGCACCGCGGGCCCGUCUCGAUGGACCGCGCCGCGCCGCCGUCGAAGAUGGACCUCGAGUCGUACGCCAGCAACACGGCCGAAAUGGCGUCGCAGAUGCAACGAUUCUCCACCGCGCUCCAGGCCGCUGUCGCGCACCUGAUGGGCGGCACGCGGCUCCCGCUGCCCGCGAUCGAGGUCGGCAACGUGGACCUCGCGGCCGCGGACUUCGAGCUCGUGCACCAGCUCGAGGGGGUGUUGAACGAGUGGUCCGACAUCAUCCAGGCCGCGAGCCUGCGCGAGCAGAGGAAGGCGCCCGAGGGCCGGGAGCCGCUCGCGGAGAUCGAGUUCUGGCGGCAGCGCAGCGCGGCGCUCGGCGGCAUCUUCGAGCAGAUGCAGCUGCCGCAGGUACAAACUAUCAUCGAGGUGGUGGAAACGGGGUCGCAGGACAAGGCGCUGCUGUCGGCGUUCCGGCAGCACUCGCUCGAGCUCCAGAAGCUGUGCAUCGAGGCCAGGGACAACGUCAAGUUCCUGAUGACGCUCGAGCGGCACUUCAAGUCGCUGGCGGCGCCCGACCUGUCGGUGGUGCUCGACACGCUCCCGCCGAUGAUGAACGCGCUGCGGAUGGUGUGGAUCAUCUCCCGGCACUACUCGAACGACCUCCGCAUGGGCUCGCUGCUCGAGCGCAUCGCGCAAGAGAUCCACUCCCAGGUGUCGAGCAAGAUCGACGUGUCGAGCCUGCUCACGAUCGGGUCGAGCGAGGCCGUGGAGCUCCUCGGCACGGCGCAGAAGACCCUGGAGGCCUGGCAGCAGAAGUACCGCGAGACACGCGAGAAGAUCGAGCUGUCGGGGCGGGGCGCGCGGUGGGAGUUCGACCGCAAGAAGCUCUUCGAGGCGACGAACUACAUGGCCGGGAUCUGCGGGGACCUGCAGCAGAUGGUCCUCGUCGUCGACGGCUUUAACCGGUUCCUCGGCCCGGAGCUGAAAGCGGUGACGGGCGACACGGAGGGCAUCGACGCCGUGACGGCCAAGGUGGCGCGGAUGGUCGACAUGCUCGAGGGCGUGGACUUCAACAUCUUCGACACGAGCAAGGCCGCGGAGUGGGCGGCGUUGCGCGCGCAGUUUGACGCUGCCGCAAAGGAGGUGGAGCGGUCGACCAAGUCGCUGAUCGACUCGUCGUUCAAGAAGCUGCGCAGCGCGGAGGGCGCGUUCGAGCUGCUGCAGAACUUCAAGUCCAUCAAGACGGCCGGCGCGAUCAACCGGCAGAUGAUGGAGAAGCUGUCGGACAUUCUGAUGCAGUUCAGCCGCGAGAUCGACGAGGCGCGCGCGAUGUUCAACGAGUGCAAGGAGGACCCGCCGAUCACGCGGAACCAGCCGCGCGUGGCCGGGUCCAUCAAGUGGGCCCGCUCGCUCUUCAGCCGCAUUAAGAAGACCAUGAGCAAGCUGCAGAACAUCCAGGGGGACAUGCAGGAGGCCGAGCUGGGCAAGGACGUGCACGCCAAGUACAUCGCGGUCGCCAAAGUCAUGAUGCAGUACGAGAAGGCGCUGUACAGCCAGUGGAAGGACCAGGUCGUCGCGUCGGCGAUGACGUACCUCAAGCAGCCCGUUCUGCGCCAGGGGCCGCGCCCGGACGACCCGAUCGAGGUCAACUUCCACCCCGACCUCCUCCGGAUCAUCCGCGAGACGAUGUACCUCGACCGCCUCGGCUUCCCGAUCCCCGACGUCGCCCUCAACAUCGCGUUGCAAGAGGACAAGUAUCUGACGUACGUGGCGGGCAUCGAGGACCUCCUGCAGUCCUACCACAAGGCCACGCAGCUCGACGACAUCCACCGGCAGCUGCUGUCCGGGCGGCUCGCGCAGCUGCGCCGCGCGAUGGACAUGGGCUUCUCGCCGCUCAACUGGAACAGCCUCGGCAUCGCGGACUUCUUGGCGUCCGCGAACAAGGCGAUCAAGGAGUUCCAGUCGCUCGUGUCGCAGGUGCACAAGAACAGCAGCAUCGUGCAGUCGGUCGUCGAGAAGAUCGCGACGUCGUCCAUCGUGGACAGCGUGGUGGCCAAGGUGCGCCAGGAGGCGGCCGCGGGCGACGGGCUGAUGGACCUGGCCGAGUUCUGCGAGGCGCUCGAGCGCCGCCGCGCCGAGGUCGUCGACGAGCUCAUCGGGCGCUACCGCACCAUCUCGCCCCUGCUCGGGAAGAUCGAGGAGGCAGUUGUGGGCACGAGCUCCGGGCGCUCGGCGCAGCUCGUGAGCUACUACCGGCACUGGGAGCAGCUCAUCUUCGGCGCGCUCAACACGCUCGUGCUGCGCGCGAUGAACCAGCUGCAGGAGCUCAUGUCGCCCCCGCCGGGGGGGGGGUCGUUGCAGCCCCUGUUCAAGGUGGUGCUGUCGCUGUCCGCGCCCGAGGUGCUGUGCACGCCCGCGAUCUCCGAGGUGUCCAAGGCGCUCACGAAGCUCGUGCGCAGCAUGGUCGAGUGCUCGAAGCCGUUCGUGCGCUGGAUGGACGGCACGUGCGUCGAGGCGCCGCCGCAGACGCUGAACGCGGAGGACGAGGAGCCGUACGUGUUCAGCUUCUACCACGACGUGAGCGCGAACCCGAUGGUCAUCAAGGUCAUCCUCGGGCUCAACCACUCGAUCAACUUCACCGUCACGCAAGUCCAGAAGUACAUCGACAGCGACUGGAAGGCCCACCAGAGCCUGUGGAAGUCCGACAAGAACUCCGCCCUCGAGAAGUUCGCGGGGAAGAACCCCUCCACGGCCGACUUCGAGGACAGAAUGGGCCGCUACCGCAAAUUCGCGCACGAGCAGUGGAACAAGCCCCAGCUGAAGGACAUCGACUUCAUCCGCGUGGCCACGCAGCCGGUCGCCGCGUCCGUGCGCGACGAGGCGUUCGCGUGGCUGGCGGCGGUCAGCGACACGAUGGCCGCGAUCGACCAGGCGCGGCUCCAAGAGCUGCUGUCGAAGAUCGCCGCGCUGCGCGAGGAGCUCAGCCGGGAGCCCGAGACGCUGGACGACCUCAAGGCGGUGCUGUCGGUGAUCAGCCAGAUCCGCGCGCAGCACAUGUACAUGGAGCUGCAGUACACGGACCUCGAGGAGCGGUUCCGGAUGCGGGUGCUGUACUGCGACGACGAGGGCGGGCGGCAGAAGCUGACGGAGGCGCUGGACGAGGCGUGCCAGGUGCGCGUGCAGUGGCUCGAGCUGCGCGAGUACGCCGAGGACAUCAACUGGGACCUCGACGACCGCAAGCAGGAGUUCUCCCACAUCACGUCGGGCCAGGUGGGGGAGUUUGCCACCGAGUGCGUCAAGAUGCAGGAGGCGCUCGAGGCGAGCGGGCCCGGGCGGCCGGGCGUGGACCUCGACGAGGGCCUCAAGAUGCUCGAGCAGCUGCAGGAGGAGCUCGACGCCAAGCUCCAGCGCAAGGACGAGCUCAUGACCGCGGAGCGGCUGUUCGGGCUCCCGCUGACGACGCACCCGGAGCUGGUCGCGGUGCAGACGGAGCUCGGGCGGCUGAGCGAGGUGUACGAGGUGUACACGCAGCACCGCGAGAACGUCAAGGUGUGGUCGGGCAUGCUGUGGGCCGAGCUUGAGGUGUCGCAGAUGGUGAUUGAGACGGAGAGCGUGGUGGCGAGUUUGCGGAAGCUCAAGCACCUGAAGCAGAUGCCGCUGUACCAGACGGUGGAGAAGACGAUCGUCGGGUUCCAGGACUCGCUCCCGCUGAUGACGAACCUCAAGUCGCCCGCGCUGCGCAAGCGGCACUGGCAGCAGCUGAUGGAGGCGACGGGGCAGAGCUUCGACAUGGACACGAAGACCUUCACGCUCGCCAACAUGUUCAGCAUGCAGCUCCACAACUACGCGGCCGACAUCAAUCAGAUCGUGUCGAGCGCGGACAAGGAGCUGGUCAUCGAGCUGGAGCUCGGGAAGGUCGCGGCGGUGUGGAAGGAGCAGAAGUUCGAGCUGUUCAAGUACACCAAGGGCGGGGAGGACCGCGGGUGGAUCCUCAAGUCCGUCGACGACAUCACCGUCCUGCUCGAGGACAUGGGGCUGAACCUGCAGAGCAUGAUGUCGUCGCGGUUCGUGCGGCCGUUCCUGACGGACGUCAAGGCGUGGGAGCAGAAGCUGAGCCUCGUGGGCGAGGCCAUCGAGGUCUGGAUGCACGUCCAGCGCAAGUGGAUCUACCUCGAGAGCAUCUUCUGCAGCGACGACAUCCGCCACCAGCUGCCGCAGGAGGCCAAGCGGUUCGACUCGGUCGACAAGACGUGGCGCAAGAUCAUGAACGAGGUGUCGAAGAACACCAACGUGCUCGACGCGUGCGCGGCGCCCGGGCGCCUCGACCUGCUCAACUCCCUCUCGGAGCAGCUCGAGGCCUGCCAGAAGAGCCUGUCCGAGUACCUCGACACCAAGCGCUGCUCGUUCCCGCGGUUCUACUUCAUCUCGGACGACGAGCUCCUCUCGAUCCUCGGCACGUCGGACCCCACGUCGGUCCAGGAGCACAUGCUGAAGCUCUUUGACAACUGCGCGACGCUGGAGUUCGCGCGCGGCAACAAGAGCAUCGUGGGGAUGACGUCGUCCGAGGGCGAGUCGUUCGACUUCCGGACGCCCGUCGCGGUCGCCGGGCCGGUCGAGGAGUGGAUGAACGCCGUGCAGACCGAGAUGCAGCGCACGUUAUACCACAUGAUGAAGGAGGGGGUGUUUUUCUACGCGCGGACGCCGCGGAACAAGUGGAUCGAGCAGAGCCUCGGCAUGAUCACGCUCGCGGGCUCGCAGGUGUGGUGGACGUGGGAGACGGAGGACGUCUUUGCCAAGGUCAAGGCCGGCGACAAGCAUGCGAUGAAGGAGUUCAGCGCGAAGCUCACGUCGCAGCUGCAGGACCUGACCACGAUGGUGCGGUCCGACAUCAGCGGCGAGGUCCGCAAGAAGGUCAACACGCUCAUCAUCAUCGACGUGCACGCGCGCGACAUCAUCGGGACGUUCGUGCGCGACUCGAUCAUGGACGCGCGCGAGUUCGCGUGGGAGAGCCAGCUGCGCUUCUUCUGGGACAAGCCCACGGACGACCUCCUCAUCCGCCAGUGCUCGGGCGCCUUCCGCUACGGCUUCGAGUUCAUGGGCCUCAACGGCCGGCUCGUGAUCACCGCGCUCACGGACCGCUGCUACAUGACGCUCACGACCGCGCUGACCUACCGCCUCGGCGGCGCGCCGGCCGGCCCCGCCGGCACGGGCAAGACGGAGACCACGAAAGACCUCGCCAAGAGCAUGGCGCUGCUGUGCGUGGUGUUCAACUGCGGCGAGGGGCUGGACUACAAGGCGAUGGGGAGCAUCUUCUCCGGCCUCGUGCAGUGCGGCGCGUGGGGGUGCUUCGACGAGUUCAACCGCAUCGAGGCCGAGGUGCUGUCGGUGGUGUCAUCGCAGAUCCGGCAGAUCCAGGAGGCGCUCAAGCACGGCGCGACGCGCUUCCAGUUCGAGGGCCGCGAGAUCGCGAUCGACGGCCGCACGGGGAUCUUCAUCACCAUGAACCCGGGGUACGCCGGGCGCACGGAGCUGCCGGACAACCUCAAGGCGCUCUUCCGGCCGGUGACGAUGGUCGUGCCGGACAUGGAGCAGAUCUGCGAGAUCAUGCUCUUCUCCGAGGGGUUCGACACCGCGAAGCUCCUCGCGAAGAAGAUGACGGUGCUGUACAAGCUGGCGCGCGAGCAGCUGUCGAAGCAGUACCACUACGACUUCGGCCUGCGCGCGCUCAAGUCGGUGCUCGUCAUGGCCGGCGGCCUCAAGCGCGGGUCGCCCGAGAUGCCCGAGCAGCUCGUGCUCAUGCGCGCGCUCCGCGACAUGAACCUCCCCAAGUUUGUGUUUGACGACGUCCCGCUGUUCCUCGGCCUCAUUAACGACCUGUUCCCGGGCAUGGACUGCCCGCGCGUGCGGUACCCGGACUUCAACGGCGCGGUCGAGCAGGACCUCGCCGACCACGGCUUCGUGGUGCUCGACGGGCCCUCGGAGCAAGUGGACAAGGUGAUCCAGCUGUACGAGGUGCUGAUGACGCGGCACACGACGAUGGUCGUCGGGCAGACGGGCGGCGGGAAGAGCGUCAUCCUCAACACGCUGGCGCGCUCGCAGACCAAGCUCGGGAAGAAGACGCACCUGUCGAUCAUCAACCCCAAGGCCAUCCCCGUCGCGGAGCUGUACGGCGUGCUGGACCCGGACACGCGCGACUGGACCGACGGACUGCUCUCGAGCAUCUUCCGCGAGAUGAACAAGUCGAUCACGGGGGCGCGCGAGGAGGCCCGCUACCUCGUGUUCGACGGCGACGUCGACGCCGUCUGGGUCGAGAACAUGAACUCGGUCAUGGACGACAACAAGCUCCUCACGCUGCCCAACGGAGAGCGCAUCCGCCUGCAGAACCACUGCAAGCUCCUCUUCGAGGUCUUCGACCUCCAGUACGCCUCCCCCGCCACCAUCUCCCGCUGCGGCAUGGUCUACGUCGACUCCCGGAACCUCGGCUACCAGCCCUACCUCACCAAGUGGCUCAACAGCGUCGGCGACGAGGUGCUGCGCGAGGACCUCGGGACCCUCUUCGAGAAGUACGUGCACAAGUGCAUCGCGUGGGUGCACGAGGGCGUCGACGGCGAGGACCUCGUCCGCAAGCCCCGGCUCUCCAUUCCCGUCACGAACCUCAACAUGUGCACGCAGCUGUGCACCAUGCUCAACGCCGUGCUGGGCGACGAGCUGACCGAGCCGAUGGACAUCGACCCGGAGCCGCUCGAGGCGCUCUUCAUCUUCUGCGUCGUGUGGUCGAUCGGCGCCUGCGUGAUCCAGACGGGCGACUUCGAGGACCGCAAGCGCUUUGACUCGUUCGUCAAGGACCUGGCGGGGCUGGGCGCGAACGACGGGGACCGCGUCGCCGCGACGCAGCUGCCGUCGAAGAGCAUCUACGAGUACUGCUUCGACACCGAGUCCUCGACGUGGGUCUCGUGGAAGUCGCUCGUGGAGCCCUACGCGCCGCCGGACGACGGGAGGUUCGCCAGUAUUCUGGUGCCCACGGCGGACACGGUGCGGUCGAGCUGGCUGCUGCGCACGAUGCUCGCGACGAGCAAGCCGUGCCUGUUCGUCGGGGAGUCGGGCACGGCGAAGACGGUGACGAUCCAGAACGGGCUGGAGCACAUGGACCGUUCGACGUCGACGGCGCUGGCGCUGAACUUCUCGUCGCGCACGAGCAGCAUGGACGUGCAGCGCGCGCUCGAGGACGCGACGGAGGCGCCCACGCGCGACACGCUCGCGCCCCCGCUCGGGAAGCGCAUGGUGCUCUUCAUGGACGACCUCAAUAUGCCGCGCGUCGACAUGUACGGCACGCAGCAGCCCAUCGCGCUGAUGAAGCUCUUCAUCGAGCGCAAGGGGCUCUACCAGCGCGGCAAGGACCUCAUGUGGAAGCACGUCAAGAACGUGCAGGUCGUGGCGGCCAUGGGCCCGCCCGGCGGCGCGCGCAACAGCGUGGACCCUCGGUUCAUCUCGCUGUUCUCGUGCUUCGAGAUCCAGUCGCCCUCGACCGAGAACCUCAAGACCAUCUACGAGGCCAUCCUGUCGAGCCACGUCACGGGCCUGUCGGAGGAGAUUCAGCGCGCCAGCGAGAACAUCACGAACUGCACGCUGGAGCUGUACAACCACAUCGUCGAGAAGCUCCCGCCCACGCCGUCGCGGUUCCACUACAUCUUCAACCUCCGCGACCUCUCCCGCGUGUACGAGGGGCUCCUGCUGUCGACCAGCGACAAGUUCACCUCGGCGCCGCAGUUCCUCCGCCUCUGGCGCCACGAGUGCAUGCGGAUCUUCCAGGACCGCCUCGUGAGCGCGGAGGACAAGGAGGUCUUCGCCGCGAAGCUCGCCGAGCUCGUCGCGGAGCGCUACAGCGGGCACGCGGACUCGGUGCUGCGCAACCCGUGCCUGUUCGGCGACUACCGCAACGCCAUGGCCGAGGGCGAGGCGCGGCUGUACGAGGACCUCGGCGCCUUCGCGGACAUCAAGCCCAUCCUCGAGGACAUCCUCGAGACGCACAACGAGCGCCGGAAGAACAAGCGCAUGAACCUCGUGUUCUUCGAAGACGCGCUCGAGCACAUCACGCGCGUGCACCGCACCAUCCGCCUCGAGCAGGGCAACAGCCUGCUCGUCGGGACCGGCGGGUCCGGGAAGCAGUCGCUCACGCGGCUCGCGGCCUUCGCCGCCGGCGCCGAGGUGUUUGAGAUCACGCUCACGCGCGGGUACGACGAGACGAGCUUCCGCGACGACCUCAAGACGCUGUACAGCGAGCUCGGCGAGGGCAAGCCGAUGGUGUUCUUGUUCACGGACUCGCACGUCGCCGACGAGGGCUUUUUGGAGCUCAUCAACAACAUGCUGACGUCGGGGAUGGUGCCCGCGCUGUUCGACCAGGGCGAGAAGGACGCGGCGAUCAACAGCGUGCGCGACGAGGUCGCGAAGAAGGGCAUGGUCGACACGCCCGAGGCGUGCUGGGCCUACUACGUCGCCAAGUGCCGCUCCCUCCUCCACGUCGUCCUCGCGAUGUCGCCCGUCGGCGACGCGCUGCGCAGCCGCUGCCGGAACUUCCCGGGCAUGGUGAACAACACGGUGAUCGACUGGUUCGAGCCGUGGCCGGAGCAGGCGCUCACGAGCGUGGCGUCCGCCUUCCUGACAGAGGUGCUCCCGGACGGCGUCCGGGACCCCGUCGUGCAGCACAUGGUGCUCGUGCACCAGAGCGUGCGGGACUUCAGCCGGACGUUCCUCGAGGAGCUGCGGCGGCACAACUACGUCACGCCGAAGAACUACUUGGACUUCAUCGCCAACUACAAGAAGAGCUUGGCCGACACGCGCGCGCAGAUCGAGGGGCAGCAGCAGCGGCUCGGGGGCGGGCUGACGAAGCUGAUCCAGGCGUCGGAGGAGGUCGCGAAGCUGCAGGAGAAGCUCAACAGCUCCAAGGUCGUCCUGGACGCCAAGACCGAGGAGGUCAACGCUUUGAUCGAGCAGAUCAAGGAGAACAAGGUUGUGGUGUCUGGGAAGCAGGAGGCGGCGAUCACGCGCGGCGCCGAGGUCAAGGAGCUGUCGGAGAAGAUCGCGGUCGACAAGGCCGAGGCCGAGGAGGCGCUGGCGGCCGCGUUGCCGGUCCUGGAGAUCGCGGCCAACGCGCUGAAGAACCUGGAUCCGAACGACAUUCGGGAGAUCCGGGCGUUCCAGAAGCCGCCGAUGCUGGUGCAGCAGGUGUGCGAGUGCGUGGUGAUCCUGAAGGGCAUCAAGGAGGUGUCGUGGAACAGCGCGAAGGCCAUGAUGGCGGACUCGCAGUUCAUCAACUCGCUGUUGUACUUCAACAAGGACGGGCUGAACGACAAGCAGAUCAAGAAGAUCCGCGAGUACCUCAAGAACCCCGAGAUGAACGAGGACCGCGCGGGCGAGGUGUCGUCCGCCUCGAAGGGCCUCCUGCAGUGGGUCACGGCCAUGGUGAAUUACUACGAGGUUGCCAAGGACGUCAACCCGAAGCGGCAGGCGGUCGCGCAGGCCGAGAAGAGCCUCAAGAAGGCCGAGAAGGAGCUCAAGGCCAUCGAGGCUGAGGUCGCGAGCCUCACGGAGCAGCUCGCGGACCUCGAGAAGCACUUUGCCGAGAAGACCGCCGAGCAGGCCGAGCUGCAGGAGGAGUCGGACGUGAUGUCGCGGCGGCUGACUGCGGCGAAGAAGCUCAUCGACGGGCUCGGGUCCGAGAAGGAGCGCUGGAGCAAGGAGCUCUCCGAGCUCGGGUCGCGCAAGGAGCGCACCCUGGGGGACUGUUUGCUGACGUCGAGCUUCCUGAGUUAUACCGGGGCGUUCACGUACGAGUACCGCCGCCGGAUGACGUACGAGCUCUGGGUCGAGGACAUCCAGGCGAAGAGCGUCCCCGUCACCACGCCGUUCCGCCUCGAGGAUCUCCUGACGUCGGAGGUCGAGGUGUCGCAGUGGGGCAGCGAGGGCCUCCCGAGCGACGAGCUGUCGGUGCAGAACGGCAUCCUCACGGUCCGCGCGAACCGGUUCCCGCUGUGCAUCGACCCGCAGAUGCAGGCGGUGACGUGGAUCAAGCGCCGCGAGGGCGCCAACCUCGACGGGCGCGUCAAGACCUUCAACGACGCCGACUUUUUGAAGCAGCUCGAGCUGGCGAUCCAGUACGGGUUCCCGUUCCUCUUCGAGAACCUCGACGAGUACGUCGACCCCGUGAUCGACCCGGUCCUCGAGAAGAGCUUCACCGUGCAGGCCAACGGGCGCAAGAUGGUCAAGCUGGGCGACAAGGACGUCGAGUGGGACGACAACUUCCGCCUGUACAUGACGUCGAAGCUCAGCAACCCGCACUACGGUCCGGAGAUCUCCGGAAAGACGAUGAUUAUCAAUUACUCGGUGACGCAACAGGGGCUGACGGAGCAGCUGCUCAACGUGACGGUGCGGCACGAGCGGCCCGACCUGGAGGAGACGCGCGAGAAGCUCGCGCUCGAGAUGUCGGAGAACAAGUCGCAGCUCAAGGAGCUCGAGGACGUGCUGUUGUUUGAGCUGUCGAACGCCACGGGCAACAUCCUGGACAACCACGAGCUGAUCUCCACGCUCGAGAAGGCCAAGAGCCAGGCGGUGGAGAUCGCGGGGAAGCUCGAGCAGGCCAAGCUGGCGGCGGCGGAGAUCGACGUGGUGCGGCAGAAGUACCUCCCCGCGGCCCGGCGCGGCGCGGUGCUCUUCUUCGUCAUGGCGAGCCUCGCGAACAUCAACGUGAUGUACGAGUACAGCCUCGCGUCGUUCCUCACGGUGUUCAACGGGUCGCUGCGGCACUCGAAGAAGGACUCGAUGCUCGACGUGCGCCUGAAGAACAUCGUCGACACGCUCACGUACGACGUGUACAACUACACCUGCCUCGGGCUCUUCGAGCUGCACAAGCUCAUGUUCUCCUUCCAGGUCACGAUCAAGAUCCUCGACGUCGACGGCCAGGUCGACCACGAGCAGCUCGACUUCUUCCUCAAAGGGAACCUAUCGCUGGAGAAGUCCGCGCGCCCGCGGCCGCACGACUGGAUCCCCGAGGCCGGGUGGGAGGACCUCAUGCGCCUCGUCACGCUCCGCUCGGGCCUGGGCGAGGGGCACCCCCUCCACGCGGUCGCGGACUCGAUCGAGGCGCACGGCGCGGCCUGGCAGCGCUGGUACGACUCGGACGCCCCCGAGGACGAGGCGAUGCCCGACGGCUACGACGACAAGCUCGGGGAGUUCGAGCGUCUGCUCGUGCUGCGCUGCCUGCGCGUGGACCGCGUGACCGUCGCGGUCACGCGCUUCAUUAUCGCCAAGAUGACGGAGCGCUACGUCCAGCCGCCGGUGCUCAACUUCCACCUCAUCUACAAGCAGAGCAGCCCGCUCACGCCGGUGCUCUUCGUGCUGUCGCCGGGGGCGGACCCGGCGUUCGACGUGUUCAAGCUCGGGGAGGACAUGGGGUUCAAACCGGGGUCGAAGCUCAAGUACAUGGCCCUCGGGCAGGGCAUGGGGCCCAAGGCGAAGGAGUACAUCGAGCAGGGCGCCACGCGCGGGCUUUGGAUCAUGCUGCAGAACCUGCACCUGCUCAGCAGGUGGCUCAAAGAGCUGGAGAAGAUUCUCGAGAAGAUCGACAAGCCGCACGAGGACUUCCGGCUGUGGCUCACGACGGAGCCGACGGAGCGGUUCCCGCUCGGCGUCCUGCAGCGGUCGCUCAAGGUGGUCACGGAGCCGCCCAACGGGCUGAAGCUCAACAUGCGGUCGUCCUACUCGAAGAUCACGGACGAGGUGCUGAGCGAGUGCCCGCACGACGCGUUCAAGCCGCUCGUGUACGUCCUCGCGUUCUUCCACGCCGUGGUGCAAGAGCGGCGCAAGUACGGCAAGCUCGGGUGGAACGUGCCGUACGACUUCAACGAGACCGACUUCCGGAUCAGCAUGGCGCUGAUCAGCACGUACCUCGAGAAGGCGGUCAUCAACGAGGACGACAUGAUCCCAUGGGGCACGCUGCGGUACCUCAUCGGCGAGGCCAUGUACGGCGGGCGCGUCUCCGACUCGUACGACCGCCGCGUGCUCACCACGUACCUCGACGAGUACCUCGGCGACUUCCUCUUUGACACCUUCCAACCCUUCCACUUCUUCUCAAACGACCAGGUCGACUACUGCAUCCCCGAGCGCGGCCCGCGGUCGUCCUACACGGCCUCCAUCGAGGCGCUCCCGCUCGUGCAGACCCCCGAGGUGUUCGGCCUGCACGCCAACGCCGACAUCAGCUACUACACCAACUCGACCAAGGCGCUCUGGAAGGGCCUGAUCGACCUGCAGCCGCGCGUCGGCGGGACCUCGGGCGGCGUCUCGCGCGAGGAGUUCAUCGGCGGCGUCGUCUCCGACGUCCUCGCGAAGCUGCCGGAGCCGUUCGACCUCCCGGUGCUGCGGAAGAAGAUCGGCGUGCCGACGCCGGUGCAGGUCGUGCUGCUGCAGGAGCUGGACCGGUGGAACAUCGUGCUGCGGACGAUGAAGACGUCGCUGCGCGAGAUCAAGCGCGCGCUCGCCGGAGAGAUCGGAUUCAGCCCGCAGCUGGAAGCGCUGGCCAACAGCCUGUUCAACGGGCAGCUCCCGGAGCACUGGGCGCGGGUGAACCCGGCGACGGAGAAGAUGCUCGGGAGCUGGAUGGCGUGGUUCAGCCGGCGGUACGACCAGUACAACACCUGGGUCACCCACGGCGAGCCCAAGGUCAUGUGGCUGGCGGGGCUGCACAUCCCGGAGACGUACAUCGCGGCGCUGGUGCAGACGGCGUGCCGCGACAAGGGCUGGCCGCUGGACAAGUCGACGCUGUUCACGAAGGUCACGGCGCUGACGUCGGCCGACCAGGUCGAGGCAAAGCCGCAGCACGGGUGCUACGUGUCGGGGUUGUUCCUAGAGGGCGCGUCGUGGGACCUGGAGCGCGGGGUGCUGGCGCGGCAGGACCCCAAGGUGCUGGUGACGGAGCUGCCGCUGAUGCAGAUCGUGCCGGUCGAGGCGGCGAAGAUCAAGCUGGCCAAUACGUUCAAGGCGCCGGUGUAUAUUACUCAAUCGAGGAGGAAUGCCAUGGGCGUCGGGCUGGUCAUGGAGGCGGACCUGGCGACGCACGAGCACCCGUCGCACUGGGUGCUGCAGGGCGUCGCGCUGUGCCUGAACAUCGACCAGUAA